AUGACCGCCUACCACUCUCUCCGCCACCGCUCUCUCACGCACCUCACGCGCCACUUCUCCACCGCAACCAAAACCAAAACCCAAAUCCCCACUCUCUAUUCCCCCAACGACGCCGCACCCACCACCGCCCUCCAGCUCCUCUCCUGGGGCCGCGGCGCCUCCGGCCAACUCGGCGGCGGCAUCGAGGAAAUCCGCCUCUACCCAUCUCCGGUAGCCAACCUCGCCGUCCCUUCCUCCUCCUUCACUCUCUCACCGACUCCGGGCAAACUCCCAACACCCAAAGCCGGCAAUGACGUCAUGGAGGUGGGCAUUUCUUGUGGGCUGUUUCACUCUUCGCUAUUGGUGGACGGCAAGGUUUGGAUUUGGGGUAAAGGCGACGGAGGUCGGCUUGGUUUUGGGCAUGAGAACUCUGCGUUUCUGCCCACUUUGAAUCCCUAUUUGGAUUCGAUACGGUGCGUUUCGCUUGGUGGGUUGCACUCUGUUUCGCUCACCACUCUCGGCGAGGUCUAUACUUGGGGUUAUGGUGGUUUUGGUGCGCUUGGACAUUCUGUCUAUACUAGAGAAUUGUUCCCUAGAUUGGUUGAAGGUUCAUGGAGUGGGAGAAUACAGCAUGUUUCAACUAGUGGGACGCAUACGGCUGCCAUUACGGAAUCAGGAGAACUUUAUACUUGGGGUCGAGAUGAAGGGGAUGGUAGAUUGGGCCUUGGUCCCAAUCGGGGCCCAAAUGAGGGUGGUGGACUGAGCAUUCCCUCCAAAGUGAAAGCAUUACCUAUGCCUGUGGCUGCUGUUUCUUGCGGAGGGUUUUUCACUAUGGUACUAACUGAAAAUGGGGAACUUUGGAAUUGGGGAGCAAACUCUAACUUUGAGCUUGGAAGGGGUGAUAGGGUUGGUGGCUGGCAACCAAAAGCCGUACCUAGUCUUGUAGGCGUUCGUAUCAUUCAGGUAGCAAGUGGUGGAUAUCAUUCUAUUGCAUUAACUGACGAAGGUAAAGUACUUUCUUGGGGCCAUGGUGGACAUGGUCAGUUGGGCAACUCUUCGGUCCAAAAUCAAAAAACACCUACAACUGUUAAGGCUCUAACUGAUGAGCGUGUCAUCUAUAUAGCUUGUGGAGGUUCAUCUUCAGCGGCUAUAACAGAUACAGGUAAGUUGUAUAUGUGGGGAUACACCAAAGAUUCUCAGUUAGGAGUUCCUGGGCUGCCAGAGAUACAGUCAAGCCCUGUUGAAGUUAAAUUUCUUAUGGAAGAUGAUGGAUUAGGACCCCACAAUGUUCUUUCUAUUGCAGUUGGUGCAUCUCAUGCUGUGUGUUUGGUUUCAAGGGGUAAAUCAUCCAAGUGAGCUGCAAUGGGGGAGAAAAUGAAUUUCUCUAAAAUCAAGAGGUUAAACUGAUACAAGAUUACAAUGAGAGAAAGGUGAGGAUCGCUAGUCAAUUGAGAUUCAUAUACCACAAAAUAAUAGAAUUCAGGAUAUAAAUUUGGAAUACUUGAGUGCUAGAAGCUGCUUUCCCUUCUCACUCUGGCACAGUUUCUACAUCAAUGCUCCCUACUGAACUUGUUCAAAAUCAAGCCCCUCCAAAUGCUAUGCCUCAGAGCCUGUUGCAAGAUCUGAUGACAUUUGACAGAACACAAUUAUUGUACCCAGUUUUCCAUUUUUUUAAACAUUACUGUAGAAGUGGUAGAUAUCCCAUUGUGUAUUAUUCUUGACUUC